ACAAGUAUGGGUGUAAGUGGUCUUCAUCCACAACUAAAGGAGAUCCUGAUACCAGUUUCUUUAGAGAAGUAUCGUGGUAAGACAUUGGCGGUAGACACUUAUAGUUGGUUGCAUAAGUCCACUAUCUCAUGUGCCCAAGAAUUAUGCCUAAAUCAACCAACCCAAAAAUAUGUCAGUUAUAUCAUCAAAAAGAUUAAUAUGCUCAGGCAUUUUGGAGUGGAACCAUACAUGGUUUUUGAUGGGGCGAGCUUGCCAACAAAAGCAGCGACCGCAAAGGAGAGAAAAGAGAGGCGAGAAGAAGCCCAAGCUAAAGCUGACGAAUAUAUGAAAAAGGGAAACAAAAAAUUGGCAUGGAAGGAAUUCAUGAAAGCAGCAGCAGUCACUAGUCAGAUGUCCAAGUCUGUAAUGGUAGAGUUGGAUAGAAUGAAUGUCAAGUACGUGGUGGCCCCUUAUGAAGCCGAUCCACAAAUGGUAUACUUGGAAAAGAAGGGAUAUGUUGAUGGGAUCAUCUCUGAGGAUUCGGACUUGUUGAUUUUUGGAUGUCGUACUUUGAUCACCAAGCUUAAUGAUUUUGGUGAAUGUAUAGAGAUAUCUAAAAGUAACUUCUCAAAAGUCACCACUAUAAGCGGAUUGGAUUCUUUCACACCUCAGCAAUUGAGAUUGGUUGCAAUGCUUUCUGGGUGUGAUUAUACAAAAGGCGUUCCUGGCGUGGGAUUGAAAACUGCCUUCAAUUUGGUUAAGAAGUACAAUCAAAUUGAUAGAGUGUUAAUGGCUCUAAGAGCAGAGGGGAAGAAGCUUCCACCGGAAGGCUUUGAAGUCGAGCUUAUAAAGGCGGAUUUAGCAUUUCAAUACCAGAAAGUGUUCAAUCCAAAAGAUCAAACCUUAGAAACAUUAAACGAGUAUCCCGAGCCUUUUGACUUUGAUAUGGAGCUCGUCGAGCAGUGUUGUGGAGUUACUUUUGAUGCUGAGAUUCAUGUGGGAAUCUCUAAAGGCAAAUUACAUCCCAACACGCAUGAAGUUUUAAUUUCCAGGGAGCAAAAUAUCACAUCGUUGAAGAGCAAAUCAUUCACUCUGGAACCGAAGAUUAGUACUGUGGCAAGAACCAAAUCUGUUGGAUCUACGAGCCUGAGACGAAUGGUGGCCCCUAGAGGCAGAAUUGACAGCUUUUUCAGCGUACAGAAGAGCACCAAGAUCACCACCACAGAUACCACAUCAGAUCAACAAAAACUUCAAAUCGAGGCUAAAGCCGAAGUACACACUGAACAAGUUUCCCCUGAUCAUAAGAGAGUCAGGACAUUGUUAACUCCAAAAGAGAAUCCACCAAAGUUGGUUGGUACAUUUAGUAAAUUUUUCAAGUCACCAGCAGGUGGAAUCCCAACUCCUAGAUCAACUUUUGAUGCUGAUAUUACUGGGGAUUCAGAAAUCUCAGACGUUUCCUCGCCCUUCCGUUAUACUAAGUCGACUUCAGAUAAGGUCGAUACCAAUAAUGUUUUAGGUAACUUGACAGACGAUGAUAUCGAUACUCAAACUCAAAGUGACCAUAAAAUGGAAGAAAACAGAGACGAUUCUCAACCACCAGAAUCUCCAAGCCUGAAAAUAUCAAAACAACCUGCAGUAGGAGACUUUGACUUAGACGAUGAUGAAGAUGACAUAGAGGAAUCCCCAGUCAAGUCUUUAUUACCUUCUGGAAUUCAUUUUAAUAACAAUAGAGACGAAAUAAAGCAGCUUUUAAGAGACACUUUUCUGUUCAGGCCCGGUUCGAAGGAAAAGUUUCAAGUUCCAAAGGCCCUUCAGAAGCUUUCUGCUUUUGAAAAUGCAAGUACUAUUUCGAUCGCGAGUGCCGAAAGCCUGCAUUCGGAUAGUUCAUUUGACUUGAACUCUGAAGAGUUCCAUGAAGUUCAAAAACACGCGGAAGUUUUCACCAACAUCGAUAUGAACAAGUCCUUUGAAUCCAUAAGCUCCAAAAGAACCACCAAAAGUAAGUUAGAGAUAAAGAACUCAUCACUAUCCAGGUUUGCAUAUAAAUAAAUACUGCAUUGUCAUGUAUUCAUCACAAAUUAUGUCUAUAACAUAUUUAUUCAACAUUUCAUUUUCUUAUUUCCCGUAACAUUAAUUACCUCUUAUUAAACAUGCCCCUAUGGCUAACCUGGUUAAUUGGAUUUGUAAGUUUUCUGACUCGGAGAGCUUUGCAUCGUUUAGUUUAAAAAUCUUCUUGAAUUUAGAUAUGUCCACUGUUUUGAAUAAAUAUGCAUCUUGUAGAGGAAUAUUCUGAGAUGCAUCGGUGUGAAGAAGCUUGGAGAUAUGUGUGUUCAAAUCCUCGAGGCAGUUUCCGUCUGAGACAUAGUCAAUGACUUUUAUACAAAUGACAUUACUUUGAUCUUGAGAGUCAUCAACUCCAAAUCUUUUAAAGGCAUCCAUUAUAUUAUUCACCGGAGACAAGUUGAAGAUGAUUUCUGUGUUCAAGGUUUUGGCCUUCGACUGCCCCGUCUCAAAAUUCAAGAUCGCCUUGUAGAUGGCGCUGUAUAGGUAUUCAGUUGAAAUGAUGUAGUUUGUGUUUAAAAAACAAAGUUCGUAGUUGGGGUCACCUUCGAUAAGUUUCGUUUUGACUACCAGUAGAACAUUCUUUGGAACGUUUGCAAACACCGAGAUAAACACAGUUUUGUGAGGAUAUGAUGGGAAUACUACUUUUUCAAAUACCAUCUCCGUUGUGUUUAAUUGUGGAAAA